AUGAUCCUCUGCGUGAAUCUGGAAAUCAUACAAAGAAUUCGAGACGUACGAGAUCCGCUAACACUUGAAGUACCCGACAAUUUCUUGACCGACAUCAAUCGUUUUAACUUCGAAUCAGUUGCAGUGGUUGCAUUGGAUCACGAGUUCGGUUUGAUUCGCAAAAAUCCCGACUCGAUGGAAGCCAGACAACUCUUCGACAAUUUAACUGCUUUCAUUAAAUGCCUUUAUGAUUUAGGUAUAAAGCCAUCACUGUACAAAUACAUAAGAACGCCCACUUACCGGCGCUUUGAAAAAAUAAGUGAUACAAUAUUUGAUCUGACAAAUCGGUAUGCCAAUGAGGCCAUAGCACGCAUGCAACAGAACCCUUGCAAGGAAGGUGAGGAACGCAGUGUGCUGGAGAAACUUAUAAAAAUCGAUCGCAAAAUUGCCAUUAUUAUGGCAAUGGAUAUGUUAAUGGCUGGUGUGGAUACGACAUCCUCUGCGCUGUCAGCCGUGUUGCUGUGCAUUGCUAAAAAUCCAGAAAAACAGCACAAAUUACGCGAAGAACUGUUGAAGGUGCUGCCACACAGAGAUGAUCACUUCACCAUUGAAAAUAUGAAACAUUUGCCAUAUCUGCGCGCUUGCAUCAAGGAAUCGUUGCGCACCUAUCCGAUUUCGUUUGGAAAUAUGCGUGAAACUGGCGCUGACUUGGCGCUUAGCGGUUAUCGGGUACCAAAAGGUACGCGCGUGUUUAUAAACUCCAAUCUUUUGCUAAGUGAAGAAAAAUUUUUCCCCCGCUCACGGGAGUUUCUACCCGAGCGUUGGCUACGACAGCAGGAUGAUAUGACAGGUGGAGACGAAAAACUAAUUGCUGAUAAUUUGAGCAAAUUUAUCUUUUUACCAUUCGGUUUUGGACCGCGCAGCUGUGUGGGCAAGCGUAUUGUUGAAUUGGAGUUAGAAAUGUCGCUGGGCAAUGUGGUUCGUCACUUCGAAAUCGAGUUUAAUUAUCAUUCGGAAAAGCCUUUUGCGAACCAUUUGCUAAAUACACCACAAAUUCCGUUAAAAUUUAAAUUCACUGAUGUAAACUAUUAAGUAUUAGAGUGAUACCCGACCAGGAGCAAAGGUAUUGGCACAGAGAAUUUUUCGCAAUAUAUGGAAAUUUUUUCGGUUCUUAUUCUUAUUUCUUUUAGGUAAUUUU